AUGGCUCCCGUCCCCGUGAACUACGACUUCGGAAAAGCAGCGGCCAUUGUCGCGGCUGUCGCUGCCCGUCGUUCGAACGUUGAAGGUCAUCAUGUAUUGGGAGUUUACAAGAAGGACUGUGAUCUUCACGAUGUCAUGGAUGUUGCGUCCAACGGCAACAAUCUGAAGUUCGCUACUGAUCUUGCCAACGAAGGCGCGGAGAUGCAAUACGAAGUCACCGGCGUCCUCUGGGCGAAGGACCUCCCUCCUCCGUCCACCGUCAGAAUCAAUUAUGGGAGCCGCCCGGACUCGACGACACUCCGAUUCAUGAAGCAGUCCGUUACGCUGGUUGCGAUGCAGUCCCAUGUGUUCGAAGAAGGGGCGAAAGAGUUGGAACGCCUGCGCAACUUCUUCGCUCGCACUGUCGGCGUCAACGUCGCUAUCUUCAACGCUGCAAAGACAUUGCAUGGAUCGACGAUGGACAUCGCGACGCGAAUGUUCACAUCAAGCAAGGAUGCGCCCGAAGAAGAGCACAUAUCCCUCUCUGCGGACAUCGAUCCGGACGGUGUUCUCCGACUUCUGCUCGAAUCCGAGCCCGGCUUCGUACACUGCAUGGACAACCAUGUCGAUUACCUCAGAGUUGCAAGCGAGUCGUCGAGCGGGAAACCGAUAUACAUGCCCUGCAGACCUGCUCGUUUUCGCGAGGGCGACAUCGUUACUUGCACCUUUGCGCUUGCCCUCGUGCCGCGUAAGGGAAGAGGCAAUGGGUACACCAUGAUAAAGGUCCUUAGGCAGCUCGCGCUCGAACAUGAGAUGCCCACACAGGAUGGCGUCGCCAGUGACCACUUCAACGGUUCGCCGCCUAGACCGUCCCUGAAGCGGCCUCGGAAAGUUGUCGAUCUCAGACGUGCGCAUGGGGGGUACAUAGACGUAGCGUAUGCUAAAAAGCAGAUCGCGGUGAUGAAACCCGGCGGGGCCCCGCGCGGAAGUCGUUUUAAACCCAUCGUCGUCAAGUCGAUUGGCCAAGAUCUUACAUCGAACGCCCGCCUUCAGAAAGCAAUAGAUGAUCGAGAGACGCUCAUAAUGGAUUCCCAAAGGAAGAUCAAGGCCCUAAAGGACGACAAGAAGAGCAUACGACGUGCAGAACGGGACCGUGACCGCGCAAUCACAAAUGAGAGGCGAGCCCGUGAGGAGGUUAAGCGGCUGCUCACAGCCAACAAGGAUCUUUCUACGAAGAAUCGGGAGCUUCAAGUGAAGAACGCGAAGCUGAAAGACGUAUUGAAGGGCAUCGAGGAAACGGCACGCGUGGCCCACGCUGCGAAGGAGGCUUAG